AUGGGCUUGCUUGAGCUACCUCAUGAACUGCUUGUCCUCAUAGCAGAUCACCUAGGAAAUGCAAGUCUCAACUCCUUAUGCCGCGUCAACCGCCAACUCCACAAUCUCUUAAGCCAUUCUCUAUACCAACGAAGCGUGCAACAGCAGGACAGUCACGUACUGCAGUGGGCUGCCAUUCACGGCCGCAUAGACACCCUAAAAAAGGCCCUGCAAUACGGCGCUGAUGUUAAUACCACUGCGCCCAUAGACGGCCCCGCUCUCCCAGACGGGUUUGAGCGGCGGUGCUCAAGGGAGCUCCUAUUUCCAUUAAUGAGUGAUGCCACCCCCGACAAAACCCUCCGCCGGAACUUUUGUCUGGUUGAAGGCUUGGCUCCACCGCUCGUCAUUGCGUCCGGCGCGGGAUAUACAGAGCUUGUGGAAACACUCCUCCAACACGGGGCUAGAGUUGAUAUGACUGGCUCAUAUGGCCUCACGCCGCUGAUGGCGGCAGCUAGCGCGGGCCAUACGGAGGUGAUGGAAAUUCUGCUCGCGGGUGGUGCGGACGCGAUGUUAAAGCGUGAUGGCUGGGGAUUCACGGCACUUGACCAGGCUGCGAUGGGGGGGCAUACAGCUGCUGUGGGUGUAUUACUGCGUGAUGCAGACCAGAGCUGUUUAUGGGACAAUGCCGUUGCGUACGCAGCGGAACAUGGGUAUAUUGAGAUGGUGAGGAUGUUUCUGGAUGCAGGCGCGGAUGUAGAGGCCACAUAUGCCAGAGCCAGCCUUGGUCUGCCGCUCAUCUUCUGGGCCACGGAAGGAGACCAUCCGGACGUUGUUCGCUUGCUGCUGGAACGGGGGGAGGAUAUUGAAUGCCGAGACCUUACUACAGCGACACCUCUAAUUCAUGCUGGAAGAGCGGGGAGCCGGAAGGUUUGUGAGAUGCUUCUUCAGCGCGGAGCGGAUGUUCAUGCACGAGAUGAUGAUGGUCAUUCAACACUCUAUUGGGCGAGGGGGAGACUACAGACCGAGAUCGUGGAGAUGCUGUUGAAAUAUGGUGCAGAAGCAGAAGCAGAACCAAGCCCUAACCCAGAGUCAGACUACAUCAUGAGCGUAUGA